AUAUCAUGAUUUGUGGCUUGUAACAUGCAUAAAGAUCCCUCUAGUGCUGCUGCAACACAGGCUGAAAAGGAGGAGGUGGAUGCACGCUCAAUAUAUGUUGGUAAUGUUGACUAUGCUUGUACUCCUGAGGAAGUCCAGCAGCAUUUCCAGUCUUGUGGGACGGUGAACAGAGUCACAAUUUUGACAGACAAGUUUGGUCAGCCGAAGGGAUUUGCUUAUGUUGAAUUUGUCGAAAUAGAUGCAAUUCAAAAUGCUCUUCUCUUAAACGAGUCAGAGUUGCAUGGACGACAGUUGAAGGUAUCUGCCAAGCGUACCAACGUUCCCGGAAUGAAACAGUAUAGAGGCCGGCGGCCUAACCCAUAUCUUGGUUUUCGAGGACGAAGGCCCUUCAUGCCUGGUGCCCCUGUCUUUGCUCCAUAUGGAUAUGGGAAGGUUCCAAGGUUCAGGCGGCCAAUGCGAUACAGGCCAUACUAUUGAUGGGUUUGCAUCAGCUUGCCAUAGCCAGAUGGUAGGUUUGGUGUAAGGUGCAUAAAGCUUAACGACCAACUUGAUAUUGCUAAAAAUCUUCGAUUAUUCGAUGAAAAUCUGUACACAUCCUGUUCGUUUGUCCAUGGAUGUUGGAUGAGAUCCGAUGGUGAUGCUCAUCAAAUUCAUAUAUUUUCAAUUAAUUCCUAACUGUAAUUUGCAAUUAUAGGUCACAUGAUAUUGGCAAAUAACACAAAGUUGUUUGGAAGUAGGUAUGUGGUGGUUUUGUUGCACAGGUAAAAUUUUGAUGAUGCUGGAAAUGUUCUUUUAUGCAAUUUUCGCUAGCAUUUAUUUGUCAGAAA